AAGUACGGACUCGACGUCGGGUCGACAACCAGAUCAUUGACUAGACAAGAUGGGUGGUUUGCUGGUGUUGCCACACGAGGAGGUGCAACCGGUGAGUAACUUCGAAGUGUAAUCUCUAAAUUUUGUCUCAAGCGGGCGUUAUUGUUUUCUAAGUGAUCCGGCAACCUUUGCACUCGCGAAAUCCUAACGGAAACACUCUUUCUAUCAUAGUUGUAGAAGAGGACCCGACCAAGAAAGCGAAGAAGAAGAAGAAGAAGAAAACUGUCUCUGCUAGCACCAAAAAAUCAAGCGGAAAACAAAAAUCAAACGCAGAUAGCGAUGAAUCUGACUUGUCGGUGGCGAUUUUGGGUGGAUCAACCGAUCGAAAUGCCAUGCAUGUGUUCAAGUACUCCGGUGAAGAAGGCCACUCCGUUGUAGGCAUGACCGAGGCGGCCAUGAUGGAAAUGGGCCUGUUCGAAGGUGACACUGUUUCGAUCAAAGGAAAGCGGGGAAAGAAAACAAUGGCGAGCGUCGCAGUUCUAAGUGAGGCGGAUGUUGCAGCACUGUCAGAUGGUAGCAGCGAUGGUGCUGCCAUUGGGAUGUCGACUGAUGCUAUGAAAAACGCUGGUGUUCGAGCUGGCGACAAGGUCACAGUCACAGCAGCUCCUAACGUCAAAUUUGGCAAGGCUGUCCUCAUUUCCCCCAUGUUGAACUCCUUGAAACUCAGCGGUAUUGAUGAAGAGACCAUGACAGAUGAGAACGGUGACGAGGUGAAGUUGUUUGAAGACUAUCUUGCACCUUACUUCUCUGAUAAAUUUAGAACCCUUUAUCGAGGUGACACCUUCGUCGUUGAUGGCCCGAAAGGUGAAUUAGAGUUUCAGUGUGUCGAAAUUGAUUCUGUAGAAAAAGACGGAGAUAACGCCUGUAUCGUCGUUGAAGAAACAGUUCUCGAAUGCGACGGAGAAGCAAUUGAAGAAGAAGUCGAUGAUUUGGAAAACGCAGGCUACGAUCAAAUCGGUGGAGCAAGCAAACAUUUAGCGGCCGUUCGAGAACUUGUGGAGUUACCUCUAAAGCACUCAGAAUUGUGGCGCAAGCUUGGAAUCAACACACCUCGUGGUGUUCUGCUAACUGGCCCCUCGGGCUGUGGUAAAACCGCUAUGGCGCGUGCUGUUGCUGCCGAGACUGGCGCUUAUUUUUUUGUGAUUAACGGUCCUGAAGUUAUUUCCAAGCGCGCCGGUGAAUCAGAAACCAACCUCCGACGAGCCUUUGAAGACGCUGAAGCAAACGCUGAGGAUUACAAUGGUGCUAUCAUCUUCAUUGACGAAAUCGAUUCUAUCGCUCCGAGGAGAGAGAAGGCGGGUGGCGAAGUCGAAAAGCGUAUUGUAUCUCAACUGCUAACGCUGAUGGAUGGUCUGAAAUCGACAUCGAAAGUAGUUGUUAUGGCAGCUACCAAUCGUGCAUCUACCAUUGAGCCUGCGUUGCGACGUCCUGGACGAUUCGAUCGAGAGCUUGAUAUGGGUAUUCCCGACGAACAAGGCCGCCUAGAAAUCCUUCAAAUUAAGACGAGAGAUAUGAGGUUGGGAGAUGAUGUCGACUUGGAGUUCUUAGCGCGCAACACUCAUGGUUAUGUAGGUGCUGAUCUUCAACAACUUUGUAUGGAAGCUGCACUGGAGUGUAUUCGAGGAAAGAUGGGUUUAAUCGAUUUUGAUAAAGACCAAGUCGACAAAAAGAUUUUGGACAGUAUUGUUGUUGAAGGCAAACAUUUCGACCAUGCAGUAGGAAUUGUCGCUCCUUCCUCACUGCGAGAGAAUCAAGUUGAGGUCCCUGAUGUGAAAUGGGAAGACGUUGGCGGACUCGAAGACGUGAAGAGGGAAUUACACGAGACUGUGCAAUAUCCAGUAGAACACGCAGACAAAUACAUUAAGUUCGGAAUGAGCCCCAGCAAAGGAGUUCUAUUUUAUGGACCACCAGGAUGUGGAAAGACUCUUCUUGCGAAGGCUAUCGCAAACGAAGCCGGUGCUAAUUUCAUCAGCAUCAAGGGUCCCGAACUCUUAACGCAAUGGUUUGGAGAAAGUGAAGCGAACGUUCGAGAGCUUUUCGACAAGGCUCGAGCGGCUAGUCCUUGCAUUCUGAUGUUCGAUGAAAUGGAUUCUAUUGCGAAGACCCGUGGAAGUGGUAAGUUUCAAACUUGUAGAAUUAUGGCGUUUUGGACGUCUUUCGGUACCUCAUUUCUCAUACAAAACCUAUGCUUUGUUAUUUCGUCACGAAGGUGGAGGUGGAAGUAGCGAAGCUGGAGAUCGCGUAAUUAACCAAAUUUUGACAGAAAUUGAUGGUGUUGGUGCUCGGAAAAACGUCUUCGUAAUCGGUGCUACUAACAGACCUGAUAUCCUCGAUCCAGCUGUCAUUCGUCCGGGUCGUCUUGAUCAGUUGAUUUAUAUUCCGCUGCCUGACUUCAAAUCACGUCUAGCAAUUUUCCAGGCCUCAUUGCGUAAGGCCCCUCUUGAUCCCGCCGUUGACAUGGAAGUUUUGGCAAGAUCGACCCAUGGAUUUAGUGGAGCCGAUAUUUCCGAAAUCUGUACAACUGCCAGCAAACUAGCCAUUCGAGAAGCUAUUUUGGCGGCCGAAGAAAGAAAAGAAGAGGCAGAAAAUGAUGACGAUGAAGAAGAUAGCAGCAGCAGCAGUAGCAGCAAAGAAAAGACUCAAGCUGUAGGAGAGCAAAUGCUGAUCACUAAACGGCACUUCAACUUUGCGAUGAGUCGUGCCCGACGCAGUGUCACCGAAAAAGAUCUCGUUCUAUUUGAAGAAUUUGCAGAGAAGCAAAAGGCAGGGCGUGGAGAAGCUGCAAAUAACUUCAAAUUUGGUGAAAGCAAUUCAAGCGGAGCCGCUGGGGAAGAAGCAAAGGAAGACGAGGACCUAUAUUCGUAGGAAAUAAAACUAAAAAUCAUUU